GGUGCGCCUCAGCAGCCAUGAGCCACUCCAGCAGCAUCCGCGCCACCUCCUACCGUCGCACCUUUGGGCCGUCGCCGAUGCUGUCGCCGAGGCCAUACUCCACAUCCAUGGCCUCGGCCUCUUCCGCCACGCGGCUGCUGAGCAUGCCUUCCUCCGGAGCGCCCUUGCGCUCCUACCGCGGGAGCGGCGGGGGCAGCGCCAUGUUCUUGCGCACCAGCGCGCCGGUGGUGGUGGCGGCGGCGCCGCGCUACGCCUACAGCGCCGAGAAGCUGGACUUCUCGGUGGCCGAUGCCCUGAACCAGGAGUUUCUGGCCACGCGGAGCAAUGAGAAGCAGGAGCUGCAGGAACUCAACGACCGCUUCGCCAGCUUCAUCGAGAAAGUGCGCUACCUGGAGACCCAAAACGCCGCCCUGCUGGCCGAGCUGGGCCAGUCCCGCUCCAAGGAGCCCACCCGCGCCUCGGACCUCUUCCAGGACGAGCUGCGCGAGCUGCGCCGGCAGGUAGACGCGCUGGGCAAGGACCGCGACCGCUUGCAAGUCGAGAGGGACAACUUGGCCGAGGACUUGGCCGCCCUCAAGCAGAGGCUGGAUGAAGAAAUGCACAAGCGAGAAGAUGCUGAGAACAACCUGGUUCUCUUCCGCAAGGAUGUGGAUGAUGCCACCCUUUCGCGCCUGGAACUGGAGCGUAAGAUCGAGUCCCUCAUGGAUGAAAUUGAAUUCCUCAAGAAACUGCAUGAGGAGGAGCUGAACGACAUGCAGGUGAGCUUGCACAGCCAGCAGCAAGUGCAAGUGGAGGUGGAGCAGGCUAAGCCAGAUCUGACAGCUGCCCUGCGGGAGAUCCGCACCCAGUACGAAAGCAUCGCUGUCAAGAACCUGCAGGAGGCUGAAGAGUGGUAUAAAUCCAAGUUUGCUGACCUGUCAGAUGCAGCCAAUCGGAAUCAUGAGGCGCUUCGCCAGGCCAAACAGGAGAUGAAUGAAUCUCGCCGUCAGAUCCAGACCCUGACCUGUGAGGUGGAUGGACUCAAAGGAACAAAUGAAGCCUUGCUGAGACAGAUGCGAGAUCUGGAGGACCAAUAUGGGGCUGAGGUAGGCUCCUACCAAGAGACAGUGGCACGGCUGGAGCAGGAGAUCCAGCACAUGAAGGAAGAGAUGGCUCGGCAUCUACGGGAGUACCAAGACCUGCUGAAUGUCAAGAUGGCUCUUGACAUUGAGAUUGCCACCUAUCGCAAGCUGUUGGAAGGAGAGGAGAGUAGGAUUGCUGUGCCUGUCCAAUCCAUGGCGUCUCUCAGCAUCAGAACCACAGGUGGUGACUGAGUCAAGGAAGGAGCAGAGAGCCGAGAUAGAGAAGUGAGGCUGGUCACCCCAACAGGCUCUCCCGGGCCACCGAGAGAGGCACUAAGCUCACCUCUUUGCAAGAUCCCCCCUUCCCUCACUAAGCCACACUGGCCUUAUUUAUGAUGGUGAUGUUGAUGAUACCUCUUACCACUGGCAGCCUUCCCACACUGUCCCGGGCUUCCUGAGCCAGCCCUCCCUGCCCUUUGGACCGUAUCCUUUUCACAGCCUGGUGGUAGUCCCAGCAAUAACCACCCAUGGUCUUGGGAGCGGGGAUGGCUUCACCCUGCUCUCUUCUUCCACUGCCUCCUACCUCUUCUUAUCAUGCGCUUCCUCAUCUCCCCCACUUCAACCAGUCUCCUCCUCCCAAAAACCAAGCUGCCUUCCUGUAAAGCACCACUCACAAAGCCAGCCCACCCUAGGAACCAACUUGCCAGGUGUGUUUAGAUUGAAUCUGAAGGCCGUGGCCUUCCAGCUGUUGCAGAAUUAAAACUCCCAGCCUCCCAGGUCAUACAAAGUGCUGCUAGGAGUUGUAGUUCAGCAGCUGCUGGAAGGUCCCAGGUUCCCUACCACUGCCAAACGCUUUGAUGACUGCAGGUUGACAAGCUUUGACAUCUUGCAAGGCCGACUAAGCACACCAACUUGGAAGCACCAAAGAAGGCCAGGAGCUUGCUCACAGCCUUGGUUGGCUGCUCCUGUUGAAUCUAAAACCAGUUCUAUGUGCUGGCCACAGACACCCCUCAUAGUUUACAGAGAUUCUCAAGAGAAUCGAUGGGAACUUGCUUUAUCAAGAUUACUGGUUUGGCCUUACAAUCAGCUCUCACUUCUGUGGACCUACUUUGGGAAGGUGCAUGGUUAGCUUCAUAUCACCUGCACUGAGAGGGAGAAUAGGACUGGCCAACCAUAUAGGGCUCUUUUAAGGAUGACAAGGUAACGUAACUGAAGCAUUUUGAACAUUAAAUGCUAAAUGGUGUUAAUUCCCUCAGUUGUCAUGCCCCAAUCUGGUGUUCUCCAGAUGUGUUAGACUCCAAUUCUCAAAAUUCCUAACCAGCAUGAUGCUGGCUGGGGUUAUGAGAGUUAGUUAAAUGCAUCUAGAGAGUACAAGUGGAAAAAAAACUACUGCAGAUCUUCUCAAAUGUCCUCCAAAAUGAAUGCAUAUAAAACAGAUGAUUCGUUGCCUUUUAUUUUUUAAAGCAAAUUUUGUAAGGGAAUCUUAAAAAAAGUCUAGAAGGAAAAAAAAGCCCUCUGGCCAUUAAUGCAUUAAUUCCUAAUACUGAAGGGUGCUAGUGGUAAUCUGAAGAAUCUGAUCCAGUAGGUGUUUACUCAGAAGCCUCAAGUCUUUCUUAAUGUUCAACUUCCAUUCAAAUACGAUUUUUACUGCACUCUUACAAGUGAUGUCAGCUUUGCCUGCUAAGACGUAAGUGAACCUAGAAAGCUGCCUUACACCUGGAAGUGUCAGGGCUGGAAGCCUCCAUCUGGAAAGCAAGGGCUCUUUUGACGGAUCAACACUCCAUACCUGACUUUCACAGCUGAGAAAGAGCUUUUCUUCCGAGCAAUUCAUAUGCUCUGCACUCUCUCUCCAACCUAAGAAAUUGUGAGUUAUGGGGAAGAGAGUCUAUCCAGGUUCCAGCUCCUUAAUCCUCCUCUUACUGUCUGACAAGCAACUUUCUUCUGCUCUGCCACCUUUUCUGGUAGAAAGGACCAGAACAGGUCGAGGCUACCAUGGAAUUCCCCUUCAUCUGCACUGCACGUGAUUAAGUGUUGUGCGGGUGAGGAAAGCAGAUGAGCAGUUUCUAGAGUACUGGGAAAUACUUAGCAAUUGCCUUUUUCAGAGUCUAAAUUCACAGGGUCAAACGAACUGCAGAAUAAAAAAGCAAAAAUGCAUUCUUCCAGAGGUGCUGAUUCAUGGCCUUAAUAAGCAGUGAUUCUCUCAUGUGCGAAAGGCAUCCAAGGCUCCUGUCUAGCAGAAGUGGUCACCAAGAUCCCCAUGCAGUUCCUGAACCCCUUGUCUGUAGUCUUGAGAACCCCAGCGAUGGUGUGAAUGCAAUCCCAAUUUGGUGGCAAAUUGCCAAAAUCAGAAUGGCGUGCCUUUCAUAUGAUUUUUUAAAAUAUAAUCCCAAAUAAAAAGAGGGUGUUUAUCCUUCAGAUAGGCUUAGCUUAUUUAAGAGAGUAAAAUAGAAAAUGGCACGACACUUUAAACAGCUUAGCCCUACCCUACCUUCUCACCAUGUUGUCAUCAUGUCAUAUCCUUGUCUACUAUGGCCCUCAAAAUGCUGCCUGUCUUUCCUUCAUGGGAUCUGUGGCUUCUCAUAAGAGGUAGCACCAACCUCUUCUUGCCUGUCCAUUUUUAAUCAGAUCCAGCUUUCUUGUCUCAGACUGAUGUCUUCUUUUACAUAUUGUCUUUUCUUUUCAACUUUCGAACUAUCCAAGGGCUUGUCUUUUCUUUCCUCUCAUCCUGCCCUUGAUAUUCCAUUUCUUUUCAGAUACCUUCACUUAACUCCUUAAGAGUUUGGCAACCACUGCAUUUCUGUUAUUAACUCCAUUCUUAUCUGCCCUUCAAGGUAGGUCAGGUCAGGAAUCAGAUACCACCAAGACUACAGGAACUCUACUGUUAUAAGCUAUAUUAACAAAAUCUUGAAAGAUGGAAUUUUCCUCUGCUCCUCUUAUACCAAAGAGAAUCUACGUGGGAUUAUCUUGAGGUUUUUUUUUCUUUAUCUCAUCUUUCCCAGGGCUAAGUUGAUGUUUACUUAAUUCCUGCAUUUCUUCUUCAAGGUUAUCUUCAUAUUCCUGUACAUUCUGUAUCUUAUGGAAGGAGGAAAGCUACAAUAGAGGUUUUCUACCCUAAACCCAGCAGUCAUCUUGAUAGGCAAGAAGUUUUGUUUUCCCAUUUCUCCCGAUUCAUCCCAGAAAGAAGGAAGCUUCAGGGAGACGCCUCUCCUCAGCUGUUGGGUUUAUCCCUCCAGUUCUGUUAGACCAAGACCAGCCAAAUUUUUAAUGGCUGAGGCUGAUGCUUAUUUUUAUUUUAGGAGACAGGGAAUGCAGGGCAAUUAUAGAAUAGAUUAAGCUAAUUUUUUGAAGGCAUUAUUUUGGCUCAAUGUGCUAUCUUUGCUUGGUUUGAAUUGCUACCAAAUCAUAUGGUGCAACACUAGGGGGACCCUGAAUGUCAUAAAAAUGGUACUUGAGCUGUUUAUAACCUACACAUGGACCAUAGGAUGGAGUGGUAAAACAUGCCUUUGGGGAUGGGGAUUUCUGAGACAGAGAACCUGUUAACUUGGAUGACUUUCUUAGUGAAUUAGCAGCUGAAGUAGCCUCUGUGAUUAUGCUUUCUUGUGUGAUUUUCCCCCCCAGUCCAUCACCCAUAUUAACUCUUGAUUUCUCACUCCUGAUUAAUGCUCCAGUAGGGAUGUUAUGUUUUUCCUUGAAAACCAUUAAUGCUAGAGCUACAGAAAUUCUUGGAAUCUAGGUCUAACAGAAGUUUCUUUAACAUCUGCUUUAAUUGCUUAGUAGAGGCUAGGUAACCUCAGCCACACAGAAGCAAUUUCUGACCAUCAUUGCUAGCAGUGGACAGCCCAGUUUCCCACCAUCUGGAUAUGAAAAGACCAGGGAAACGAUCAAAAUAGGCAUAUUGGAGGAAAAAAAGGACCCCCCUCCUCAUCUUCCCAUGUGAUGCAAAAGAGUAUUGGGUGCUGCCCCUUGGUGGCCAAAGGGUUGCCCACUUCUGAUAAAAUGCUCUAUAACUUAUCUGGGUCAAAACAGAUUUGAAAUGCAGAGGAAUUGCACAUCAGUUUUUAAGCUGUUUUCCACUUCUAUCUGCCGUGUUUGCUUGUGGUCCUGGAGUUUCCAUGUGCCUUGGUCUACAUGUAGCUCUUUACUGUGGUCAGAAACACCCCUGGUUGCAGGUGCCAGUUUGCAUGUCAAUUUUCUAACCAGUCAUUCCAGAUUACUUAAGACCAGAUCCCAACCCACACCCCCUCCUCUAUUUUCCUUUAUGACCAGAGCCAAAAGAUGGGUGGUACACUAGAUCAGUUUGUCACCCUCUCCCUGUUAUUUGUCUUGUUCCUUUGUUUCACUGAUUCCUUUGGUUUCUUGAUAUCCAUUUGGGGUUGCAAGGUUUCCUCACACAUUACUCUUCAGGAGUAUACUGGUUUCUUAAAAGAUGCUACAGCAACUGGGACUUUUCCCUCUAAGGAAUGGAGCAAGCAAAAGAACAGACAUCAUGAGAACACUUGGGCUGGCUCUCUUAUUUACUAACCUCUUGAGCCCAUGGGUGAAUUCUCAGUAGUUAUGCGUAUAAUGAAAGCAGAAUACAUUUUGUUAUAUGGAAGUCAAUUCGGUAUGAAUAAGGUUUUCAAAUACAAUAUGGGAACACCCAUAAUUGAUGCCUCCCCAUCUCAUAAAUCAUACUUUAGAAUCCACACAGUAAUGCUUAGAAUAAUUCAUAUAAAAGAUGAAGAUUCCCCAAAGGACUUGGGGCCUGUUAGAAAAAGUGCCGUGUAGCAGACCAAGUACCUAGGACUUAAGUGGUGACAUUAGUAGCAUAAAGUGGCCUAGAAGAGACAUUGGAGGAAAUCCAUUUCCACUUAGCUUCUUCUGUGAGCUUGAGCAUAGAAGCUCAUCUGAACAAAAAGAGAUGCUUGUACCUUUCAACUGAGGUUCCUUAACCUGUCACGUGGUCAUAUAACCUAUGAGUGACAUUAAUGUUCAUUAAUGCAUUUAAGACUAUAGCUUUCCUAUUAAUUUCUCCAUGACCAAGGUAUCCCAAGGGUGGUGAUAGCUGCACCUUCACCUAAUUCUUGAGUAGGGGUAUUUCCUCAGCUUUUAUCUGCAUUAUUCCCAUGAUAGUCCAUGCAUGAGCAAUACUGAAGGAUGCAGGGCAGCUACUUGGAAAGCUGACAUCUUGAUUUCCGAGAAAUAUCUGCUGCUGACUUAGAAUGAAUUUACAGAAUCAAUCUCCAUUUGGGAUCAAUACCACUUAUGGUUGCUAACUUCUAUUGAUCUUCAGUACAAGCUUCUUACUAUUGCUUAAUAUGCAAAAAUUAAGCUGCAGGAAGCUUAACAGGUAACAGUUAUGUCCUAAAAGCAGCCAAUCGUAUCAGACAACCUUAAUUUAAUUGCAAAAUCUUGAAAUAGGUUAUUGACAAUUGAAAGGGGAAGCAAAGUAGCAACAGCUGGGAGCUAAAUAUAUAUAUAUUACUGAAAAGAAAGUCCAAUUGAGCACAGAAAACUGUAGAUACAGAAAUAAGAUCAUAGCUUUUAUCCUCAGGCCAAUAAUACCAAUUUUUAUACCUCUAUUACUAUCUCAUUAAACAAUUGAUUUUUUAAAUAUUGCUUUGAGAACUUUUUAUAGCACAAUGACAUUAUUUAACUUUCCUGAAGUUUUAGGAUAUUGUGAUAAUGUUUUAAAUCAUUUCACUUCAUGGCUGUCCUGCCCUGUCUUUUGUAUCAUCUGAGAUCUUGUCUAGUCCUCUUAAACAUCUAUAUUAUUAGUAUGACAGAAUUAUAUGUACUUACAUACUCCUUGCUCCUUCUCACUUGUUUUCUUUUGGGCUACAGGCAAUAAUGUAUGUAGCUUUUUUAUUAUUUAUUUACAGAAGCUCACAAGCCUUCAGAAUAUUUGCCCAAUAAUAGAGAACCUCAGUGUUAUUGAGAUCACUUUUCCUGACUUAAUUUUAUUCCAAGGGCUUCUUUUCCAGUCCUCAAGAUCCUUUGUAAUCUUUUCUCUCUCUGCCGCCUUUGUAGUUUUUCUUUCAGAACUUGUUAAAAUCAGAACUUGAACUGACACCCCAGUACAGUACUAUUCAAGUUUAUUUGUAAGGAUACAAGGAGACUUUCAAGAUUACGUAUUUCCCUAAUCCCAUUUUGCAACAAGUGCAGCAGCAGCGUGCUCUGAAUAUGGUACUUGCUGCACCCUUGCAGGACCUGCAAUUUCUAGCUGACUGGUUAAAGCACAGAGUUGCUAAUUGGCAAACCCAACUUAAUGAUGCUGCAGGAAAUUAGGACACUGCCCGUCUGGAUAUUUUAUCUUUUUACCUACACCUCCCCUCCCCUCCCCUGUUGAGGGGCAAUUUUAAAGUCUCAGUAGCUACAGUAAAUCAGAACAGGAAAGGAACAAAUUGAUGCGGGAAGUACACAGUAUCAUGCUAUCUAAUGAACCUUCCCACAAGUCUGGUUCAUCAGGCUGUGUCCAGGCAGAACCUCACUUGUAUUUGAUCCUUCCAAUUUUUGCUUUUCACAGCAUGGUUCAGCAUUUAUUUUUUGUGAGCAUGUAACUUGAGAGAAACAACUUUGUUAUGUACUACCUACAAGAAAGUGGAUAUUCAAUUUUAGACCAUUAUUGAAGUUGGCCUUCACUGUAAAUACAAGAAUCUUCCCCAUGAAUGACCACAGCAUUUUCCCCCUUUCCUAGCCAGACCAAUCCUGCAAAUUAACUAUGAAAAUAAAGCAUAAUUUGAUAGUAAGUGGGGUGGUUAAAAAAAGUUCUGCAUUGCAAUGCAAAUAACUGCAUUGUUUUCUUGCAGAGAAGCAUAGAUGUGUAAAUCUUCCCAGUUUAAAGCACUAAGCUUGAAAGUAGCUGUUCUGUCAACUCAGGAUACAUACCAAACUUGAGAUUUCUGGUAAGGUGGGAACAGCAUCGGAACAGCUCCAACAAGGUUGGAGCAAUUUCCUUUGAUCUUGCCAUGUUUUACACAGCUUUACUUCCUGGCCUCCCAGCCGGCAUUCCCUUGCAGAGAUCAGCAUACAAUACUCAUUUCUGUACAGGGUUGUGGGGCCUAAAUAGUAUCUCCUGUGAUCAGUUUCUUAUAAAUGGCUCUGGCACAUUACGGAGCCCCAGUAUUGGAUUUCUGAUACCUUGCACCUUCUUCCCUUUAUCCAAAAAGGAAUGAUAGGUUUUGAAAAAAAUGACCACCAGGGCUUACACUUUAUGGGCUUUGGUACUGAUUUCCUGCUUUUGAUAGUUGUCAAUUUCCAUGUUCCUUGUUAGAGCUGGUAGAGAUUCCUGGUGCUAACUCUUCCCAUGCCAAUGGAUCUCUGCAUCUCUCCUGCUAUGCUAUGCUAUGCUAUGCUAUGCUAAUCUAAUCCUGGCCACCCCAAUUCCUGCCCUCGGAUAUCCACAUAAACUGGCUCUCCAGAAUACCUUUCCUUGCAAUUUAGCUUGCUUCAUUAAAUAUCUAGCUUGGGGAAAGAUGAUGUAGCACGCCCAGGUAACAAUGCAACCUAUUACAGUGCAUACUCCUGUGAAGAAGCAGGAUACAUGGAGACUGGGAGUGGUGGCAGUCAUUUUGUUCCUGGUGCUUCCUGAACUCCCCUGAAUAAUGUCAGUUAUCUAAUGCCCACGGUCAGUGUGUGGAAUAGGCCACAUAUGCUUUCAACCAGCCAAUAAACUUAA